CCGAAAAGCAUUUGUACAUAAUUUAGAUAUACGGGGAUGGGGUUGAAGAUGAGGUGUGUUGGAGGGUGGGGAGACACAAUCAAUGUGGAAUGCCUCUUGUUUUCCGUACUCCUACUAAGGAAGGAAAUCAUUUUCGUCAUUUUUAAGGAACUUAACAACUUCUUACAUAAAAUGUUAAGACCAACCAAACAUGGGAAAAUUGGAAAACAUCAUCUGGAAAAUGUUUUCCUACAUACCGAACACACCCUAAGAGAUGCAUAUAAGUAAGUUUUGGUGUGUGGUUCGAGUACCUGAGGGAGUUUGGACACCUCGAUAGAACUUUAACAUGGAGAGAAUGAUAUGCAACGCGAAAAGUGGUUUCGGAGUUCUUUAGCAUUUGUGUUACUGCUAGGCUGGAUCAUAUAUUGAAUAUGCUGAAUGUUCUUUCACUGAAAUUUGAUUCAGUAUGGUUAGAAUAGUUCAUUUUGGCUUCUAGUUUUACAUUUUCUUUGGAGCUGGACUGAUUUCUUUGGCUAUUUAAUCAAAUUAAUAAUCUAAGAUGGGUGGAGGAGUUUGGCACUUUUUUUUUUUUUUUGGGUAACUAACUUCUUUAUUAAUCACCAAAGUGUAAGAACAUGUAGAGCACCAUAGCUUAGCUGUAACACAGCUAGCUAUCCUAGAAACGUAAACAUCCUUAACUACAGAACUACUGUACUAGGACUAAAGCAUUUACGAGACGAAGGAUUGUUGCUCGAACACAAACGAGUUUGGCACUUUUGUGUACUUGCUGCUGUAAAAUUUUCCUUUUGUGGAAUUCUGAGUUUAAUGGUUAAGAGUGCUGGUUUCAUACUGAAUGGGUUCUGUCAUGGGUGGUUGUUUAGAGUUAAAACUACAUUGUGUGGUAGCUGUUUGAUAAAAUUAUCGAAAGAACUUAUACUCUAGGUCCCCCUUUUUCUGGAAGGCAUAGAAUUUACAAAGAAAGUUGAUUGCUUGUAGUAGUUGAAGUGUGUCACUAUGUUUCAGGUCCAUGUGGUUGUCGAAACAAAACAGAUUCUUCUAUCUAAAACUAAAAAGUAAAAACAAAAUAUGUUUAUUAUUGUUGAACUAUUCAUGUAAUUUUUUAGACUAAGAUAAUUUGCUCUCGUUGAGUUAACUACUUUUAAGUAUAUAAAUAUAACUAUGGAAAAUUUCUCCAAAUAUAUGAUAGAUGAAGCACUUAGCUCUAGAAUGGUUUAGAAGCUCUAUGUCUCUGCUCUGGCUCGAAUGUGCUGCAUUUGACACAAUUAUGUGUAUUCGACAUGCUGCAUUUGACACAAUUAUUUGUAAUUGUACAUUCAUUAGGAACUGCAUAUUUAACAGCUCUCAUGCCAAAGUAUCAGGGUGUCACUCAUUUGCUAAUAUCUCUUGUGUCGAUUUGGUGGCUGGAAAAAAUACAGCAAUAGUUGAUUCAUUGAAGACAUAUCUUUUUUAUUGCCAAAUUUCCUUGUGAUGAAAUCUUAGAAUCAGAACUGAUUUUUUUCAUAGUGUGGAACCUUGGAAACUUGGAAGAUUACAGAGUAGAACAGGGAUAUGUCAUUUAGCCAGAAAGUUCUCUACUUGAAGGCUUCGCGAAGAUGCUUGCGGUCUCCAUGGCUAAUCCAAACCUAUUCUUUCUCAGACAUUGUCUACAAGAAAACGAAGCUUGCUCCUCUACAGGAACGAAGAAUGAUUGACCGCUUUCGCAUAUGGGCCAAAGGAGGUGAUGGUGGCAAUGGUUGUACCAGUAUUCGUCGUAGUCGACAUGAUCGCCGUGGCAGACCUGAUGGCGGGAAUGGUGGACGGGGUGGUGACGUGAUAUUAGAAUGUUCCCCUACAAUGUGGGAUUUGAGUGCUCUGCAGCAUCACAUCAAUGCAAAGAGAGGGGGAAAUGGGUCUUCCAAAAAUAUGAUAGGAAGCAGAGGAGCCGACAAGGUGAUCCAAGUUCCAAUCGGUACCGUAAUUCAUCUAGUAGAGGGUGAACUUCCAUCUGCAGUAGAGAAGAGUUCAAGUUCUAAGUUGGACCCUUGGGAGAUUCCAGGUACAGUUGAUAUUGAUUCGUCAGAGUUUUCUACACAAUCAAUUACGGCCGACCAAACCGGGUCAAAAGUUGAGAAGAAAGUCAAAUCAAGUGGACGUCGAGCUUCUGAUGGUGAAGAAUCAACUACAGCUAGGAAAAGAACUUUUCGUUUGCCGACCAAUUCCCGCACUCCGUGCUCAAUUUCUAGAGGCAAAAUCGAAAGUGAUGAUGAUGAUUUGAGCGAUUGGGAGGAAGAAAGCUGUGGAGAAAUGGAAGAUGAAGAUGGUGAUGAUGUUAUGGGAACAGAAUGUGAAGAUGAGUUGGAAGAAACUGAACUUAUAGAAUACAAUGUGGCAGAGUUAACAGAACAAGGCCAACGAAUAGUUGUUGCUCGUGGAGGGGAGGGUGGCUUAGGCAAUCUGUCCAUGAGGAAAGCGUCAAAGAUGAUGCAAAAGGGAGCCGAUUGUGAUGAUGAAGUAUCUGAUGAUGAUCAUCAUCAUGCAUUACCAAGUGCUGGCUUGCCUGGCUCAGAGGUGGUACUUGUGCUAGAACUAAAGAGCAUUGCUGAUGUAGGUCUUAUUGGGAUGCCAAAUGCAGGCAAAAGUACCCUUCUUGGGGCGUUAUCAAAGGCUAAACCUGUUGUAGGCGAUUAUGCAUUCACAACAUUGAGGCCUAACUUAGGUAACGUAAAUUAUUACGAUUUUUCUUUAACUGUAGCCGACAUCCCAGGACUCAUAAGAGGAGCCCAUGAAAAUCGUGGGCUUGGGCAUGCUUUCCUUCGGCACAUAGAACGUACAAAAGUUCUAGCAUAUGUGGUAGACUUGGCUGCAGCACUGGGUGAUAACAAGGGAAUACCACCAUGGGAGCAGUUAAAUGACUUGAUUUUGGAACUCGAGUACUAUAGUGAGGGUUUAUCUGAUCGGCCAUCCUUAGUGGUGGCUAACAAAGUCGAUGAAGAUGGGGCUGAAGAGGUAUAUGAAGAACUAAAACGCCGUGUAUCUGGUGUACCUGUUUUCGCCGUGAGUGCAAUCCUAGAGGAAGGAGUACCAGAACUGAAAGAUGGUUUGAGGAUGCUUAUCAGUGGUGAACAAACACACAGGCUAAAAUUAGACGGUAUAGUUCUUCACCAGGAUGAUGCUUUUGUGAGCAUCUAGUCUUGUAUACUUUCGCUUGAAAAUGUAACACAUUUUGACCACAUACCAUGGCAAAUAUUUUUGACUUAGGAAUAAGGUUGCGUACUUUUUGUUUAGCACGUUAUGAAUAACCAAUAAACCAAUUGUUAGUUUCACUUUCAGAUAUCUCAAAUGAGUUUAAACUAUAGCAAAUACGGUUAGUUAUACGUAAGCAAUGACAUUUCGUAAUGUAUAAAAUUAUAUUGAAAUAACUUAAUGUUGUAUAUGAUUCAUAUUAUAGUACAUGAUA